AUGCAGACGCCGGAUUCUAUCCCACGCCACUUCCGCCGACCGGGCGACGAUGGAUACCGUACGCCUACAAUAGAAGAUGUUGAGAAAUAUUGCGAGUUUCCAUUCGCAGAAGAAUUGCUAUAUGUAUCGGAAUCACAAUGUGACAUGCCCAUUACGCCCGUCCUUGAUCGACUCCGUUCUCGCGCAUCUCAAUACGCUACCGGCUCGAGACACAUCGGCCAUGAUGCCAGUACAACUGGAAUGCAACUUAACGAGAGGAAAUCGACCAAUAUUUCCGAAUCCUUCUACAAUUGUAAUAACGAUGUUGAUUCGCUGCCGCUGGACUUACCUUGGAAGGAGAGAAUUCGACACUUUACCUGGGCGUUUUUCACCCUGACGAUGGCCACGGGGGGCUUGGCGAAUGUGUUAUAUUUAAUUCCAUACCGCUUCCGAGGCCUAGAUACAAUAGGCAGUGUUGUCAUGCUUAUCAACAUUUUCUUAUACUUCUGCAUCUGGGGCCUGUUGCUCACACGGUUUUAUUACUACCCAUAUACAUUCAAAGCAUCCAUCACGCAUCCGACAGAGUCUCUAUAUGUUCCGGCGUCGAUCGUCUCGUUUGGGACUAUCCUUAUUAAUCUCUCACAAUAUGGCCCUCCGAAAGCCGGAGAAUGGCUCAGUACAACUAUGUGGAUCCUAUUCUGGGUCAACGCCACACUGGCUGUAAUAUUUUCUGCCGGCAUAUAUUUGACUAUAUGGUCAACUCAAACCUUUACAAUCGCCCAGAUGACACCGAUAUGGAUAUUCCCCGCGUACCCGAUGCUGAUCAUCGGUUCUCACGCCAGCGUGUUAAGCAAGAGCUUAUCGCAGAGACGAUCUCUCGACAUGAUAAUCGGAGGCACGACCAUCCAAGGCGUCGGAUUUCUUGUCUCAUUGACAGUCUACUCAGCAUUCAUAUACAGACUGAUGACGCAGAAGCUGCCGAAGGAAAAUCUGCGUCCUGGCAUGUUUGUCUCCGUGGGGCCGAGUGCGUUUACAGUCGCUGGCCUAGUGGGUAUGGCCAACAAUACGAGCCGGGCGUUCCCGCCGGGCUUCAUGGGCGACGGCCGUUUGGCUGCGGAUGUCAUUCGCAUCGUGGCGAAUUUCACUGCGUUGUGGCUUUGGGGCCUCGCCAUCUUCUUCUUCUUCAUUGCCGUCUUCGCCCAUUGGUCAGCCGUUGGCCGUGGACGUAUGAUCUUCUCCAUGACCUGGUACUCAUUCGUCUUCCCCAACACGGCGCUGGCGGCUGCCACUUUCGCCAUCGGCAAUGCAUUCAGGUCUGAGGCGAUCAAGGUCGUGGGCUGUGUGAUGGCCGUCCUGCUAGUGGUGACAUAUUGCUUUGUCACGAGUAUGAUGGUGCGGGCAAUCAUUUUGCGCCAUAUCUUAUGGCCACGGAAGGGCGAGGAUAAGGAUGAGGGUGGGUUUAAGAUGAGCGAGAUUCAGCCAGCUGCGCCCCCGACCCAGGGUGGAUAA